AUGUCUACAAGCUACAAAGGGCGUUGUACGGACUCAAACAGGCCCCGAGAGCCUGGUGCAACUGAUGAGCUCGUGAAAGUCAUGCAACAUGAGUUUGAAAUGAGUAUGAUUGGGGAGCUGACCUACUUUUUAGGACUUCAGAUAAAGCAAACUGAUGAAGGCAUAUUUAUUUCUCAAGAGAAAUAUGCCAAGAACAUUCUGACAAAGUUUGGACUUGAAUCUGCAAAAGACGCUAGAACCCCAAUAUCUACAUCAACUAAACUUUUCAAAGAUGAAAAUGGUGUUUCAGUUGACUCUACUCUCUAUCGGAGUAUGAUAGGAAGUCUGCUAUAUCUGACAGCCAGCAGGCCAGAUAUUAUGUUCAGUGUAGGAGCAUGUGCGCGAUAUCAAGCUGAUCCGAAAGAAUCUCAUGUUAAAGCAGUGAAACGUAUUUUAAAAUACGUGAAAGGUACGCUAAACUACGGUAUAUGGUUUUCAAAUGACACUAAUCUGAGUUUGGUAGGUUUUAGCGAUGCCGACUGGGCUGGAAAUGCGGACGAUAGAAAAAGCACAUUAGGUGGCUGUUUCUUUAUCGGCAAAAACUUGGUCUCCUGGCUAAGUAAAAAGCAAAAUUCGAUCUCUCUUAGUACCGCUGAAGCAGAGUAUAUAGCUGCAGGGGGUGCUUGUACACAGUUACUUUGGAUGCGACAAAUGUUAUCUGACUACGGGCUAAAUCAGAAUCUAUGA